AUGAUGAGUGAUAUUCAGAAGAAGAUAACAGACCAGCAAAAGUUGAUAGCAGAUAAUCAGAAUCGCAAUUUGGCGGUGCGGAAUUUAGAGAACCAGAUGGGACAGAUAGUUGGUGCACAAAAUAGUAGACCACCUGGAGGACUUCCAAAGGAAGUGGCUCCAAAGAAAACCAGUCGAGUAGAAGCUGAAAAAGAGAAGAUUGCCGAGGAGAUGAUUGAAAAAGAGAGGGUAGUCGAGACACCAGUGGUACACGUGAACAUCCCGUUGGUUGAUAUGCUGCACGGUAUUCCAAAGUAUGCUCAGUAUAUCAAAGAUAUUGUUGCAAACAAGAGCCAAUUCACAGAGUAUGCCACUGUUUCACUUACUGAGGAAUGCACUUCUCGUAUUCAAAACAGGUUGCCCACUAAAUUGAAGGAUCCCGGAAGUUUCACGAUUGAGAUUUCUAUUGGGAAGCAGGUUGUUGCUCGAGCACUAUGUGAUCUAGGUGCAGCUAUAAAUUUGAUGCCUUCAUCUAUCUUCAGGAAGCUAGGUUUAGGAGUGCCCAGACCAACCACUAUAGUUCUUCAGCUAGUAGAAAGAUCGUUAGAAAGACCCAAAGGCAUUAUUGAAGAUGUAUUUGUGCAAGUAGGUUCGUUCAUAAUUCCUGCAGACUUGGUGAUUUUGGACUUCGAGCUUGAACCGAAAGUCCCAUUUAUUUUGGGGCAUCCAUUCUUGGCCACAGGGAGAACACUUAUUGAUGUAGCUGCUGGGCAGCUCACCAUGAGAGUACAUGACAAAGUUGAAGUCUUCAAUGUAUACAAAGCUCUGAAGAUGCUUGGAAUCUAUGAGGAGCUAUUAGCCAUUACUGUUAUGAAUGAUGAUACACGAAGGCCACUCAUCACUUCUCAUGAUCCGUUGGAGAAAGCCCUAGUAGGUGAUGAUAUUUUUGGUGAUUUGGCGGCGUUUGUGAUGGUGCAGAUUCUGGCAAUGGCGAGCAUUUAUAUUCGUGAAGGCGACGAGGGUAAUACCUUGCUAGUGAUAUUAGCAACAGAGUUGACCGCCGAAGAGGUUAGUGUUUGUCUGGAAGUAUUGAAGUCUCACAAAAGGGCAUUGCGGUGGCAGAUAUCUGAUAUUCAGGGAAUUAGCCCCGCGCUAUGCAUGCACAAGAUACUCAUGGAGGAUGAUCAUAAUCUGCAAAGAUCAACGAAGGUAGACCGAACUGUGAUGAAGGAGGUUAUCAAGAAAGAGGUAAUCAAGUGGUUAGAUUCCAGCAUUAUUUUUCCUAUUUCGGAUAGUAAGUGGGACAGUUCGGUACAGUGUGUCCCGAAGAAAGGAGGGAUGACAGCUGUGACAAAUGAAAAAAACACGCUCAUUCCUACUAGAACAAUCACUGGAUGGAGAAUUUGUAUGGAUUAUCGCAAGUUGAACGAGGCAACCAGGAAGGAUCACUAUCCCAUUCCCUUCAUUGAUCAAAUGCUAGACAGGUUACUUGAAAAGAAGAUGAAAUUCCUAUUUAAUGAUGCGUGUAUCAAGGCCUUUAAAGGUCUGAAGAAGAUAUUGGUAAUUGCACAAAUAAUCAUCGCACCUGAUUGGAACUUGCCAUUCGAAUUGAUGUGUGAUGCAAGCGACAAUGCUGUGGGAGCUGUGUUGGUCCAGAGACGAGAGAAAGUAUUUCAUUCUCUGUACUAUGCUAGCAAGAUGUUGAACGCUGCCCAAAUUAAUUACACAGUAACUGAGAAAGAGUACGCUAGCUGUGGUGUACGCUUUUGA